AUGGACUGUGCCAGCCGUCCCAGGAACGCGUCGCUCCAUCCGCCCCACAUGACUACACGGUGUCAAGUUGUGAGAGCAGAUGUGCCGCAUGCCAACGAGCAGUCGUCUACUUCGAGACCAAAGGGCCACUUUGAGCCUCUCGUCGAGACGGCGUUGCCGAGCGCCGUCGAUUCAAGCCUGAUCCUUGCUCCCGGGCUCCACAGAAACUGUCGAAGAAAGCACUUGGCGUUGGCGAAUAAAAGUUGGGGUUCGAGCCAAAGUGUGUGCGUGUGUGUGAGUGUGUGA